CUUUCAAAUGCCACCUCCCUCUUUCCGGAGUCCUAAAAAACCGAGUGAGAGAGACACAGACAGAGGGAGUUCAGUGCUUCACCUAGACUUUCCCUUUCCCUUCUGCCUUCUGGGAUGGCUUUCGCUUCGUUUUUUGGGAGAGUUCUAUUUGCCUCUAUCUUCAUACUGUCUGCAUACCAAGAGUUAAAUGAAUACGGGGUUAAUGGGGGGACGGCAGCAAAGGCUCUUGGACCAAAGUUUGAUGUCUUUUUAAAACAUGUUCAGCCCAAGGUUGCCGUGCAACUGCCAGAUAUCCAAGUGAAACAUUUAGUAGCUGCGGCUAUUGCACUGAAGGGCAUGGGAGGAAUCCUCUUUAUAUUUGGCAGUUCUUUUGGGGCCUAUCUUCUGCUUUGGCAUCAGCUGAUUACCAUUCCCAUUUUAUAUGAUUUCUACAACUAUGACAAAGAGGCAAAAGAAUUUGGUCAACUUUUCAUCAAAUUUACGCAGAAUGUGGCUCUUUUUGGGGCUUUGCUGUUUUUCAUCGGGAUGAAGAACUCGAUUCCUGGGAGACAAUCCAAGAAGAAGGCUCCUAAAACGAAAACUGUCUAGAAAGGAAAUGUAGCCGGAAGAGACAUCGCAAUCAUGAAGGAACCUAUUUGUUCGUUUCCUGUCUUUUCUUUUGAAACUCACAGUCUGAAUCUUCUUCUAGGAUGCAUCUUUUAGCGGUUAUGUUUUAGUACCAACAUUUAUUUAAAGUAUUUUAUUACACCGUUCCCAUUUUAUUUC